AGUAUCAUUUCCACUAAUCUCUCUUAAAAAAAAUCAAAAUCGAAACAAAAUUCUCUAAACCUUUGCGCAAAUUCGGUCGAAAACCCCUCCGGCGACGGCGAACGAAGGAAUGAGAGGAGCUAGCGUGAUCCUACGCCGUUUAGUAAGCCGUCGGGCACCGUGCCUAGCUUCUCGAUCUUCUUCUAUCGGCGACGACCUUAUUGUGUCCUCCUCCGCCGCCGCUGCUUCGUAUUCUACUCUGAUCCUCGCCGAGGAUGCGCGACCACUUUUUGCUACAAUGGCUGCCUCUGGCGCCGUUUCAGCUUAUCACCUCUCUUUCACGAAUCAGUCGCGGAACUUCUCCUCUGCUGGCUCGUCAGAUUCAUUGAAGGUGGUAUCAAUCGAGUCUGAGGAACAGUUUAAUGAUUCAAUUCGCAAAGCUGAAGAGGAAUCUCAGCCGGCAAUAUUCUACUUCACAGCAGCUUGGUGCGGCCCCUGUAGACUAUUAUCACCCAUGAUCGGGCAGCUUACUCAGAAGUACCCACAUGUAACAACCUAUAAAAUAGAUAUUGAUAAGAAAGGGAUAGAAAAUGCUGUGAGCAAGUCAAAUAUUCACUCUGUGCCUACACUGCACUUCUUUCAGAACGGUAAAAAGGCCGGUGAAGUCAUUGGUGCAGAUGUUGAACUCUUGAAGGACACCAUGGAAUCACUAUACAAGUGAAAGCAAUCAUGCUUUUGCAUUUGUGCUUGAACUUUCUGCUGGAAGACCUUUGUCCAAAAGAAGUUUGUCAUGCAGACAGCAUUCCAUGCUGUUCUCCCUUCAGAAUCCAGUUUCAUUUGUCAUCAGAAAUAUUUCUUGUUUUCUUCACUUUACUGUAUGAAGUUGUUCUGUGUUCCUCAAGAUCUAAAUAUUGAUCUUCUUUCUUGGCUAUAUGAAUUCUUUUCGGUGCCAGAAAUAAUUCCUUUAUUUGUUGUAGAUGAACUUGUAAAAUUUCAAUAUUCUUAGUUUCUUACUACUAUCUGAAAGAUAGAAUUAACAUAAUAAUGAACUCAUUCCUAUUGUGGAAUAAAUGUUAGUGGAUUCUCCUUUACAGGAGUAUAUGUUUUUAAAACAAUUCUUGAUGGUUUCAUUUUGUCAAUUAAGGGUGAUGAUUUGAAUUGUUUUUAAAACAAUUCUUGAUUGUACAUAUGAUUUUUGAACUUGUGGACUUGGGAGUUUGAAUGUGAUUCGUGUUAUGCAAAAUAAAUGUGAUAGCCUAGCCAGGCCUUUUAGCCAGUUUCUUCAGCUGUGCUCUUCUUCCUUUCGAUGACUCACAAGAAUACUGGCAUCUGGUUUCUACAUACUUCUUGAACUUGGAGGCUGCUUUCCAAGAUUUGGUAUCUUCAUUAGACAAGGUGUGCAAGGAAUUUGAACUGAGUGGUGUGGCCCAACUGCUAAUUAAACUCCAAUAAAUAUUGAAGCUCAAGGAAGGAGUACUCACUUGCUAUGGAGUUGUUUUCCAGGAAUAUUCUUUUGACUCUACAAUUUGUGGAUAAUUGAUUUAUAGUGGGGAAUGUUUCUUGUUCGACUUGUACAACCGACACAUGUACGUACUUGGUUAGGCUUACAAGGUAAAUUUAUGAUGUACCCUUUUAAGUGUGAACUAUGAAAACUAUAGAACUCCCUCCAUCCAACUAAGUUUAGUUAUUUUA